AUGUCACAUAGGAAUACAGAUCCAUGUUCGUUGAUAAAUUUGCAGAGGCAAUAUAUUUUGGAUCAAAUUAAAGCCAUUCAGGUGCAAGGUACGCUAUAUGCAUUAAUUAUUGAUGAUAGAACCGAAUCGCUUUUGAACCAAGUCAUUUCCAAAGAUAACAUAUUACGAGUUGUUACGUCCAUAGAGAAGCUAGACACUAAACGGCGUCAACAAACAUUUAUUGAGGCAAUUUAUUUUGUUGAAUUGACCCCAUAUACUAUUAAAUGUAUGAUAGCGGAUGUCGAGACUAAUAGGUAUAAGAAGGGCCAUGGACUAUUCUUACCUUUAGUGCAAGGAGAAAUGGAAGUCUCGCAUUUGUAUAACUCUCCAAAGUUCAUGAAUAAUCCGAAGGUGUUGAAUUAUUUCAAUAAUGGAGACAAUGUUAACUUUAUCAAUUCUACGUUUCACCCAGUUGAGACUAGAGUUUUUCUUGCUGAUGACAAAACUGCCAACUCUAUGCCAAUAUACUUUAAUGAGAACUGUGCUGAAUUGGUGUUGCCUCAAAUCAGAAUUGCGGCAAAAUCUUUGGUUAAUUUAAUGGUUUUGACAGGCGAAUACCCAUUAAUAAGAUUCUAUUCACCACAGAACCCUACGCAUAAAGCAUCUAGACUUCCUGAAUUGAUUGCGGAUGAAUUUCAGAGACAGAUCGAUAAUUAUGCUCGAUUAAACCAGGAUUAUCCACCUCCAACGAUUCAAGAUAAACCAAGAUCAAUCUUAUUGAUUACGGAUCGUACCUUAGAUUUAUUUGCACCAUUGCUACACGAAUUCAGUUAUCAAGCAAUGGCAAUGGAUAUUGUACAUAGCCUUGAGCGUGAGGGCAUUUAUUCUUAUAAAUCAGAAAACGAAAAAGGUGAAGUAAAGGAAGUCAAGGUAACUUUAGAAAAUGAAAACGACGAGGAUUGGGUUAGUUUAAGACAUUUACAUAUUAUUGAAAGUUCUGAACUUAUCAUGAAUAAAAUUAACGAAUUGAUUAAAAAGAACCCUUUGAUGGUCGACAGAUCUAAGGCAACCACUUCAAGUGAUUUAAUGUAUAUUGUCGCACACUUGAAGGGGUUUGACGAAGAAAGAAAGCAAAUUACAUUACAUAAAAACUUAAUUGAUGAAUGCCUUGAUAUAAAUGCAAGUCGUAAAUUGGCUGAAUUUGCUGCAGAUUUCGAGCAGAAUUGCACUGCUGGAGGAACUAGUUUCGAAGGGAUCAAAAAUAAACAACUUGCAAAUGACUUGGUUGAUUUAUUAGCUAGAGAUGAUUUACACGUAAAUGAUAAAAUGAGAUUAGUAUUGAUUUAUGGUUUAUACAGAGGAGGAUUGAUUGAAGCCGAUUUUGUUAAGCUUGCUAAAUUUAUAGGUGUCAGAGAUCGCCAGAUCAUUUCUCUUAUAUCGCGAUGUUUCACAAAUUUGCAUAAACUAGGUUUUCCAAUUAUCAAGUCUAACGUUAAGGAUAAGCCUUUGAAAAAGGAACUGUUUCAUACAAUUAAUAAUGAAGGUACUUAUAAUACGUCAAGGUUUGGACCAGGGUUAAAAGCUGUUUUACAGAAGGCAACAAAAUACCAAUUAGAUGAAGAUUGGUUUCCAUACUUCCGUGAUAAGCCCUUGGAAGAUGAUAUGCCAGCGUCUGCUUCUAGUUCUAAUAAUAGUAAUCAAAAUGGCACUACGAAUAGCUCCUUAAGAAACCCAAGAAUUAAGGCUUCGUGGGCACAAUCAUCUAAUAAAGUUUCACUGAAUCUUGGCUCUGUCAACAGGCCGAAACAAAGAAUAUUCUGCUAUGUGGCGGGAGGAGUUACUUAUUCUGAAAUGAGAUCCAUCUAUGAAUUGGCUAAUGCUACCAACAAAGAUUUCUACUUAGGAUCCGAAUCAAUUUUAAAACCAAGAGAUUUCUUAAUUGGCUUACAAAGUAUUGAUUCCGUGAAACAGAUAAAUGACUUAAACUUGAAUUUAUAUAAUGAAAUGACAUCAAAUAAAGAGGUUCCAAUAGAGUUGUUCGAAACAAACCAACCAAAGAUUCCUCAACAACCUGCUCCUAAUACUAUUCCGGGCAUAAAUCCGGCUACACAAACUCCACUGCAUUAUCAAAAGAGAAUGAGUGGAAGCGAUACAUCUAGCUCAUCUGCUAUUCCUCCUGAUAGCAAACAAACAAAGGACAAGAAAAGAAGUAAGUUGAAGAAGCUAUUUAGAUAA